AUGCUAGAUGAAAUCCAUCCACAUCUACCAAAACCACCAAGCGACCCUAAUACUUACACCUUGGGGUGCAUCGGAAGGCACAACAUCGUUAUAGCCUGCUUACCGAAAGGCCAGUACGGCACGAAUUCAGCAUCGGCGGUUGCAACUCGGAUGGUAGGCACUUUCACAUCCAUUAAGAUUGGCCUCCUGGUAGGUAUUGGCGGCGGCGUUCCACCAGAGGUCAGACUAGGGGACGCCGUGGUCGGUACGCCCGUUGAUCAGUGUUCAGGGGUGGUCCAGUGGGAUCUGGGCAAGGCAGAAGCAGAGGGUGGCUUCAAAAGAACCGGCGUACUGAAUAACCCCCCGACGGCACUGCUGACGGCAUUGACGAAACUGGAAACGAUGCAUGAGAUGAGCGGACCCAAGAUUUAUCAGUAUUUGGAUGACAUGGGGCAGAAAUGGCCUAGACUGAUGCCAAAGUAUACCAGAUGUGAUUCUCUCGUGGAUCCUUUGUCCGGUUCCGACAAUUGCGCUAGAGAAAGCCAACACGGAGAAGGACAUGUGCACUACGGGUUAAUAGCGUCUGGUAAUCAGGUUAUCAAGGACGCUCAUUUCCGUGAUAGUCUAAACAAGAGCCUCGGCGGGAAUGUGUUGUGUGUUGAAAUGGAAGCAGCUGGGUUGAUGAACAACUUUCCUUGUGUUGUGAUCCGGGGCAUUUGCGAUUAUGCGGACUCAGAUAAGACUAAAGCUUGGCAGGAGUAUGCUGCAGCUGUUGCAGCGGCGUAUGCUAAGGAGCUUCUGGAGUAUGUCCAGCCAAGUGAUGUUGAUGGGGAGCGCCCAGUGAAAGACAUGCUUGACGAUGGUUAG